GCUGCGGGGCCGGUGCGAGGUUGCGGGGCCGCCGCCGCCGCCCAUGGAGCCCAACGGGACGGCGGCGGCGGGGGGGGGCAACGCCUCGGCGGCGGCGGGGGGCGGCGGCGGCGGGGGUCCCCCCGGGGGCGGCCCGCUGCUCAUCCCCUCGGCCUUCGGGACGGUGCUGUCGGUGAUGUACGUGGCCGGGGUGGCGGGCAACGUCUACACGCUGGUGGUGAUGUGCCACUCGGCGCGCUGCGCCGCCCCCAUGUACAGCUCCAUCGUCAGCCUGGCCCUGGCCGACCUCCUCUACCUCUCCACCAUCCCCUUCAUCGUCUGCACCUACCUGGCCCAGGACUGGUACUUCGGGGACCUGGGGUGCCGCAUCCUGCUCAGCCUGGACCUGCUCACCAUGCACGCCAGCAUCUUCACCCUCACCCUCAUGUGCACCGAGCGCUACCUGGCCGUCACCCGGCCCCUGGACACCCUGAAGCGGUCGCACGGCUACCGGAAGGUCACGGCGGGGGCCGUUUGGUCGGUCUCGCUGCUCCUUACUCUGCCCAUGAUGCUGAUGGUCACCUUGACUGAGGGGGGCAAGGCAGAGGGCAAGGUGAAGAGGAUGUGUGCGCCCACCUGGAGCGUGGACGCCUACCGGACCUACCUGACGGUGCUCUUCAGCACCAGCAUCAUGGCCCCGGGAAUCAUCAUUGGCUUCCUCUACACGCGCCUGGCCAGGACCUACCUGGAAUCCCAGAGGAACCCCCCCCACAAGGAGAAGAGCAAGAGAUCCCCCCGGCAGAAGGUCCUCAUCAUGAUUUUCAGCAUCGUGCUGGUCUUCUGGGCCUGCUUCCUGCCAUUUUGGAUCUGGCAGCUGGUACGACUCUACAGCAGCUCCCUGCAGCUCACCACCCAAACCCAAAAGUGCAUUAACUACCUGGUGACCUGCCUGACCUACAGCAACAGCUGCAUCAACCCCUUCCUCUACACCUUGCUCACCAAAAACUACCGGGAGUACCUGCGCAACAGGCACCGCAACUUCUACAGGUUCACAUCCUCCUUUCGCAAGAGGGGCUCCAACCUGCAGUGCUCCUGGGGACGGUCCAUGUCCUCCAGCAACCAGUACGACUACAGCUCGGAGGCACUGGGCAUGGCCACGCUGAAGGACAAGUGAGGGAGAGGAGGCGCUCCGGAGACACCGGGACCAGCAGAGCACCUGGCCAAGGGCCUUGGACACGACUGGGAAACCGUUGUCUCCUAAGUGAUGGAGUCUGGUGUGGCUGUACUACUUGGAACGUGUUCAGCGAGCAUGCCGUCGCUCUUAGACAACUACAAUCUUAUCCAUUUAAGACGAUUUUGCAAUAUCCUAGUCCUGUCCCCACCUCUGUCUUCUCCGUACCCCGGGGAAGCCGCCCAGCGCUUCGGCAGCGGCCGUGGGUGUCCAGAGCAAGUGGAGGCCGCAGCCUUAGGAGGCAGGUUAACAACCAACCGAGUCUUCUCCCCUGCCGCAGGUCCAUCCCCCGCG